AUGAAGGAGGAAGCCGUCAUCGUCACAGUUUCGACACUGUCUAUACUUUCCAUAUUGGCGUCAUUCGUCACGAUCGCAGCAGUAUUUCAGGAGUUCAAAGAACUUAGUGAUGAGGUAACCCACUACGCCACCGUGUUCCGAGAGCAAACAGAUGCCGCAUGGGCGAAUCUCAUGGGCUUGCAGGCGGUUAUGGAACCAGCCAGAACCAAAAAGGAUGUGUACGAUUCUGUGUUCCGUCCUAAACGUCAACCUUCUAACCGCCUACCAUCUUGGUGUCAAUGUCAGCUAACUCAACCUCGGUGUCCACCAGGCCCUCAAGGCUCACGCGGACCUCCUGGCCAGCCAGGAAAACCUGGUCAACCAGGUCGUCCGGGCAUUGAUAAUUACCAGACUUUACCAGCUCCUAGAUGUCCCAUGUAUCAACGAGAAUGCAUACGUUGCCCACCUGGACCACCAGGUCUCCGCGGACCUGCUGGAAGCACAGGAAGCCCCGGUGCCCCCGGAGGAAGAGGCUUACCUGGAAUCCCCGGCAAACAUGGAUUCCCCGGCAGAGCUGGUCCACCAGGACGGCAAGGAACUUCAGGAAAGAGAGGCCCAACAGGAAAUCGUGGACAACCAGGCAAAAAUGGAGUGCGGUAUAGAAAAUCUGUAGGGAAACCUGGUAAUCCGGGAGCGCAAGGGAAACCAGGAAAACCCGGACGCGCUGGGGCACGAGGACGACCUGGUGCAAAAGGUUCGCGUGGACCGCCUGGGUUGCAGGGAGUUCCCGGAGCAAAAGGUCCCGAUGGCACGCCCGGUAAGCCUGGCCGACAAGUUCUCGUGCCUGGCAUGGAUGGCGGUUAUUGUCCUUGCCCUCCAAGAUUGUUGUAUAAUAGAAAUUGA